CCAGAUCCUAUGGUCGUACGUGAAGGAGUUGGAAGCUAUCCAGACUUAUAUAUUAGGGUUGAGAGAAAAGAAUAUGGAGGGGUGGGGCAGUUAAGCGAAUGACAUCAAUGGCCAGCUGGAGAAGCUUGUGUUGACAGCUGUGCGUCAGCUGGUGGACCCUUGUCUUAGCGAUAAAUUUCAUCACGUCAGUUUUCAACGUGGGGCUCUCACAUAUCCCGGGUCUACAUAGUACAUCCAUCUCACUCAACCGCCAAUCAACAUCGCCUGCGAUGGGUGCAAAAAAGAAGCCCGACAACAAGUCGAAGGAUUCCGGUAGUAAGGGAAACGAUGAUAAGGGAGCUGGAAAAGUAAAAGGCGCUCAAGCCGUUGUGGUCCGACACAUUCUAUGUGAGAAGCAUUCUAAGAAGGAAGAGGCGCUGGCUGAAAUCAGGAAUAACCCUACACUCGACAAUUUCAUUGCGGUGGCUAGGAAUUACAGCGAGGAUAAAGCAAAACAAGGCGGCCUACUUGGCUUACAGCGGAAAGGAGCACUGCAGCCUGCGUUUGAAGAAGUUGCCUUCGGUCUCCCGGAGAGCAAGGGUAGUAACCUACACAUUGGAGAGGCCAAAACCUCAUUCGGGUACCACCUAAUUGUAGUAGAAGCCCGAAAAUGAGUGGAUAUGAAGUAUCCGUACUACUAGGGUCGUAAUUCACAAUCGAGAAAUAUGGCAUAGGUGAUUUGUGAUGCAGUUUUUUUCCAUUCCGAUGCAAUAUGGUAACCCCCCUCAUUUCCAGCAUCUAAGCCGGCCGACGA